AGCCGGUGCUUAUUCUAGUAGCCGGAGCGCGCCCUGCGAGGGAGUCUCUGGUUCCUUCGAAGCGCCGCGCAGGAGGCGCCCGGAGACUUCCUCUGCCGGAUCUCCUCCGCGCAGCAGCCCAGCGGGGGCGGGACGGGAGGUUAGGGACGCUUCCUCGACGGGAAGGAACCUGGAGAGAGAGAGAGAGAAGGUGGGGCGAUGGCUUCGCCGGCCAGGCGACGCAGCAGCGGGAGCAGCAGCCGCAUUUGCCUGCCUGGCGCCUGAAGGGCUCGCAGCUUAGACGGGCGAAGGCGGCGCGGAGAAACAUUGCGCUCCCGGGAGGGGAGGGAAAGAUGAGCUGAGACGCUGCCCGGAGGAGCUAUCCGGGGACGGGACUUUCCCCUGACCACCACCCCCCAGCCUGCAGCCUGGCGGCGACGUUCCUCCGUCCGAUGUGCAAAGAGAAGCAGGAGAUCAUGAUACUAACACAGAUUGAGGCCAAAGAGGCUUGUGAUUGGCUGCGGGCAGCAGGGUUUCCACAAUACGCUCAGCUAUAUGAAGAUCUGAUAUUUCCCAUUGACAUUUCUUCGGUCAAGAGAGAACAUGACUUUCUGGACAGAGAUGCUAUUGAAGCUUUGUGCAGGCGUUUAAAUACUUUAAACAAAUGUGCAAUGAUGAAGCUGGAGAUCAGUCCACACAGGAAGCGGAGCGAGGAUUCGGAUGAAGAUGAGCCUUGUGCGAUAAGUGGCAAGUGGACCUUCCAGAGGGACAGCAAGAGGUGGUCCAGGCUUGAGGAAUUUGAUGUCUUCCCCCCGAAGCAGGAUGUGAAUCCUUCAUGCCCAGAAGCGGCUCAUCUCAGCAGUGCAGCUAGUCAUGGAGGCCUGCUAACUGACCACACCGAACGUCAGGAGGUAGUUUCCAUCCACAGCAUCAGCAGCCACCCAGAUGCUUCUCAGAGCGAAGCGCCCACCACCAGAACCAACUCUGUCAUCAGUGUUGGCUCCUCAGCCAACCUCGCAGCAAACGAGGACUCCUUCAGCAGCUUGCCCUCUCCUAAAGAGCUGUCAAACUUCAAUUUCAACGUGAAAAGUAACGAGAAGAAUGCCAAGUCCAAAACGAGAAGCCUCUUGAAGAGGAUGGAGAGCUUUAAAAUAAAAAGCUCCCAUCAUGGUAAAAGCAAAGCUCCUUCAAAGCUUGGUCUUAUCAUCAGCGGGCCUAUCUUGCAAGAAGGUGUUGAUGAAGAGAAACUGAAGCAGCUGAACUGCGUGGAGAUCUCCACCCUGAAUGGCAACCACAUCAACAUCCCUAUGGUACGUAAAAGAAGCGUCUCCAAUUCCACCCAGACCAGCAGUAGUAGCAGCCAGUCGGAAACAAGCAGUGCCGUCAGCACCCCAAGCCCUAUCACAAGGACGCGCAGCCUCAGCGCCUACAAUAAAAGAGUGGGAAUGUACCUGGAAGGCUUUGAUCCUUUCAACCAAUCAACGUUCAACGAUGUCAUGGAGCAGAACUUCAAAAACAGGGAGGGCUUUGCUGAAGAUACAGUCUUCUUCAUUCCAGAAGACCACAAGCCUGGGACUUUCCCCAAAGCCCUCUCCAAUGGUAACUUUGCUCCCUUGGAGAACAGCACUUCGGUCAACUGGAGAACGGGGAGCUUCCACGGCCACAGCCACCUCGCCCUCAGGAGGGAGAACAGUUCCGACAGCUCCAAAGACCUGAGCCUUGGGAAGAGGCGCAAUUCUUCCAGCUCCAUGUGCAGCCGCCUCAGCAUUUAUGACAACGUGCCAGGAUCUAUCCUGUAUUCCAGCACGGGGGACCUGGCUGGCCUUGAGAACGAAGACCUCUUUCCUGAGCUCGACGACAUCCUGUAUCAUGUCAAAGGCAUGCAGAAAAUUGUGAACCAGUGGUCUGAGAAGUUUUCAGAUGAAGGAGACUCUGAUUCAGCCCUAGAUUCAGUGUCUCCGUGCCCUUCCUCUCCCAAGCAGAUCCUCCUUGAUGUGGACAAUGAUAGGACAAUACCCAGUGACCUCGACAGUACAGGAAAUUCCUUGAUUGAUACGGAAGACUCAACGGGGAUCCAGGAAAGAAGAGACUCUGGGGUCGGAGCAUCAUUAACACGUUCUAACAGGCACAGAAUGAGGUGGCACAGCUUUCAGAGCUCCCAUCGACCCAGCCUAAGCUCAGCACUGCUACAGAUUGACUGCCAGUCUGUGGCACAGAUGAACCUUCUGCAGAAAUAUUCCCUCUUGAAGUUAACUGCCCUCUUGGAGAAAUAUACACCUUCCAAUAAACAUGGCUUCAGCUGGGCUGUGCCAAAGUUUAUGAAAAGGAUCAAAGUUCCAGAUUAUAAAGACCGAAAUGUGUUUGGCGUUCCCCUCACCGUUAAUGUCCAGCGUACAGGACAGCCUCUUCCUCAGAGCAUUCAGCAAGCCAUGCGAUACCUUCGCAACCACUGCCUGGAUCAGGUUGGGCUUUUUCGAAAAUCUGGAGUCAAGUCAAGAAUCCAGGCGUUGCGACAGAUGAAUGAGAGCUCAACAGGCAAAAUAAAUUAUGAAGGGCAGUCUGCCUAUGAUGUGGCCGACAUGCUGAAGCAAUAUUUCCGCGAUCUGCCAGAGCCACUCAUAACCAACAAACUUUCAGAGACUUUCCUACAGAUCUACCAAUAUGUGCCAAAGGACCAGCAUCUCCAGGCGAUCAAGGCAGCCAUUAUGCUUCUACCAGAUGAGAACAGAGAAGUCCUACAGAUCCUCCUAUACUUUUUGAGUGACGUCACAGCUGCUGUGAAGGAAAACCAGAUGACGCCGACAAACCUGGCUGUGUGCUUAGCGCCUUCGCUUUUCCACUUGAACACCCUCAAGAGGGAAAAUUCUUCCCCAAGGCAAGUCUCCAGGGUGAUGCAGAGGAAACAGAGUCUGGGGAAACCCGAUCAGAAAGAUUUAAAUGAGAAUUUGGCUGCAACGCAAGGUCUGGGCCACAUGAUUGCAGAGUGUAAGAAGCUGUUUCAGAUCCCUGAAGAAAUGAGUAGAUGCCGGAAUUCCUACACGGAGCAAGAUCUUCGGCCUCUGAGCUUGGAGGAACUAGGCAAAACUAAUAACUCUGAACCUGCCGACUACCGUUUUUACAUCCAGGACUGUAUGGAUGAUUUGCUUAAGGAGAUUAAGGAUAAAUUUAAAGGCUGGGUCAACUGUUCCACCUCGGAGCAAGCAGAGCUUGCCUACAAGAAGGUUUCUGAGGGUCCACCUCUCCGGUUAUGGAAAUCCACGGUUGAAAUCCCUGCAGUUCCUGAAGAGAUCUUGAACCGUUUACUUAAAGAACAGCAUCUUUGGGAUGAAGAUCUUCUGGAUGCUAAAGUGAUUGAGACUUUGGACAGCCAGACUGAUGUAUACCAGUAUGUACAGAACAGCCUGGCACCCCACCCAGCCAGAGACUAUGUCGUCCUAAGGACUUGGAGGACGAAUUUAUCUAAAGGCGCUUGUGCACUUUUAAGCUCCUCAGUGGACCAUGACCGUGCUGCAGUCCUUGGCGUUAGAGUGAAUGUGCUCUUGUCCAGGUAUCUCAUUGAACCUUCUGGAUCAGGAAAAUCCAAACUCACCUAUAUGUGCAGAACUGAUUUAAGGGGCCACAAACCUGACUGGUACACAAAGGCUUUUGGACACUUGUGUGCAGCCGAAGUCAUUAAGAUCAGAGACUCUUUCAGUAAUCAGAACCUGGAGACGAAAGAAGCAAAGUCCAGGUGACGACUGAAGCAGACCAACGUGGCCGCAACGCGAAUAGAUACUUCCCGGAACUGUUGAUUGUUACAGAACGGGCCACAGCGUGGCCUAAUAAGUCUUGCCAUGAAGAAAGUGUGUCUGGAAUGGGCCCAGGAUUCUCACUUCCAAUGUCUGUGGCAAACAGUACAUUUUCAAAGCUGCUUCCUAUCGGUAUUAGGCCUAUACUGUAGGCCUUGACUGGAAUAUAUUGGAUGGUGCAACCUUUUUCUUUCUUUUUUUUAAAUAAUACUAUACUAUGUUGCUUAGACAGUGUGAAUUGCUUCUGAGAAGCAAAACCCUUAAGACUUUAAAUAUAUAUUUCUGGAUUGUAGUGGAAAUGAUUCUUUCCUAUAUAAUGUUAGGUUUAUUGUAUGUAUCUGUGUGCCAUUUGUUGAGGGACUGUUGCAUCCACUGGAUUUGUUGGCACUCAUCCAUGGGGUCUCGCUAAAGCAAGUGAAGGAAGGUUUGCACAGAGGCAGAGGUGUGAAUGACUAUGUAAUUGUUGAGUGGAGUUGUAGAAAACAAGAGUAGGGGAAUUGGAAGUGUCUGGGACACUCAAGAGCAUUGGGGAAGAUUUUAAUCUGUGAGGGGGAGGUAGGCCUAGGAGCUUUUUGUCUGUCCAACAGACCAUCGCAAGCUAGUCUUUGCUCAUGUGUCCUGUUAUUACUUGUGUAUAUCUGAAAAGGAAAAUGGAGGAGCUGCCACAAACAUGGCAAGGAAAGCUGAAGCUCAACACUUGCAAAUGAAGAUAGCUGAAGCGAAUAAAAUGAAUCCCUGACGCAUUUCAACUUGUGUCUUUUGCAUGGACCUUGGGUUGUAUUCCAUCAUGCAAGGACUUCUGUUUGCACGACAAAACUUUGCCUUCCUCUUUUCUCCCUGCACAUCCCCUCAAAUCUGCUCCAGAGAGUUGGGGGAAACCCCAGAACAGAUUUGGAGGGUGUAUGGGGAGGGGAGAAAAGGGGGACUCCAUUGCACUAGCAGAAAUCCUUCAUGAAUGGAACAAUUUUGUUGGAUACCAACCCAAUCCUCCUAAAGAUGAGUUUCCUGUUUUAAAGUUCUCAGAGCCUUUUCACCUGCGUUACACCCAGGUAAAUCUGAGUCUACAAAGAGUGUGUGUGAAACCUGGAGUUGUGGUUGUUGACAGCUUCCUCAAAAGUGCACCUGCAGAAGACCCGUAUUUGCCAUGCUCAUGUUUUAUACUGGGGUUCUUCAAGCUUGGGGUCCCAGAGUUGAACUGUAACUCCUAUCAUUCCCUGCCAGCUAAGCCACCAAUCAAGAGAGGAGAGGAGUUGUAAUUGUGACAACAUCUGGGGACCCAAGCUUGAAGAACACUGCUUUCCAUUUGCAGGUGCACCCACUUAGAAGCCUCUUGGGCACAUGUUUCAAAAAACGAAAUGCGUGUGAAUCUGACAGCACCCAUAUUUCUACUUCUCAGACGGAGAAUGUCUUGGGAGUUAAGGUCCUUGAAAAAGAUAUACGUUGAAAGGAAUGGGGUAUUUUUUUACUUUUAAGCGCAAAGUUUUCUCCACAGCCACCUUCCUGCACAAGUACCUGUUGAAAGUAUUGGCCGUGGUCUUUUAACAAUCCUCUCUUCUGAAUGAAUCUCAUAGGAAUGAACGGAAAGCUUGUGGCAUGAGCUGAAACUGCUUUCAGUGGCUUGAAAAGUCAGCACUGGAAUACGUCAUAACUGGAGCAUUCUCAAGUUCUAAAGCGAUUCAUUGUAAUAGAAUACCGUGUUAGGAGUUCGAAAGUCUUCAUAUAUUCCACUCCACUAUAACCAUAUAACCUCAUUUUAUCCACUUAGUUUGAAGGGAGGGGACCUCCAAAACGUUCAGAGGUUUGGAUAAGAAAGGGUACUGUGGCUAUCGGAUUAUGUGGUGUAAUGUAAAGGACUGCAGGUUAGGAUAAAUAGGAGGGUCAGAGUGAUGAGGCCUACCAUGCUUCAGGUCAACCACCUUUACAAGAAACCUAGACCUAUAAACUCUAAACAUCCUCUUUGGGGGAAGCAAGAUAGCCAUAAUAAAAGAGUAACGAUAUCUAGGAAAGAUGUGUAUAGAAUUGUGCUGUUAUUUUGCCUUCCUUAGAAGCUGUAGAUGCAAUUGUCUGGUGCUGAGGUCAUGUUUGCGGGCUUCUCUUAGGC